ACAUCCACUUUUUACGUGGUGCAGAGGGGGACUUAAAUCCCAACCUCAACGGUCGCUUUAGAUUAAGCAGAUUUGAGAAUCAUGUUUUGUUAGUAAUUUUACUGAAUGGGUGCCUUAGUUUGCCACGUGUGUGGUUGUGAAUACUAGCAAGUCUCUCAAGAGUUCAUUGGACGCAGUGAAGAAGAGGCCGAACAGCCAAUUUCAAGAAGCUCGAGAUGAUUCACUCGAUUAUUCAUCUAUUUUGAGAGGCGGGAUGGUGCAAGGUUGCAACUAGAACUUUCACUGGUUCAGACCCUCCUUAACCCUUAAUCCAUGGCUGCCACGGUUUCAACCAUUGGAGCUGUUAAUAGAACAACGCUAAACAACAGUAACUAUGGAGGUUUAGUUCCAAACUCUGCGUUUUUGGGCAGCAGGUUGAAGGUCAUUUCUAGAUUCACCACCUCAAAAAUGGUGACUGGAAACUUCAAGAUUGUUGCUGAGCAGGAAGAGGAGAAGCAGACCGAGAAGGACAAAUGGCGUGGCCUUGCUUUCGAUACUUCUGAUGACCAACAAGACAUUACCAGAGGGAAGGGAUUGGCGGAUCCUCUUUUCCAAGCUCCCAUGGGGACAGGAACUCACAAUGCUGUUUUGAGUUCAUAUGAAUACAUUAGUGCUGGACUUCGACAAUACGAUUACGACAAUAAUGUGGAUGGGUUUUACAUAGCUCCAGCUUUCAUGGACAAACUUACGGUUCACAUUGUUAAGAACUUCUUGAACCUCCCGAACAUUAAGGUUCCUCUCAUUCUGGGUAUUUGGGGAGGUAAAGGUCAAGGAAAGUCUUUCCAGUGUGAACUUGUAUUUGCUAAGAUGGGAAUCAACCCUAUUAUGAUGAGUGCUGGGGAAUUAGAAAGUGGGAAUGCAGGAGAGCCAGCAAAAUUGAUCAGGCAAAGAUAUAGAGAGGCAGCUGAUAUCAUCAAGAAAGGGAAAAUGUGUUGUCUAUUUAUCAACGAUCUUGAUGCUGGAGCUGGAAGGCUUGGUGGGACUACCCAGUACACAGUGAAUAACCAGAUGGUAAAUGCUACUCUUAUGAACAUUGCUGACAACCCAACCAACGUGCAGCUACCAGGCAUGUAUAACAAGGAAGAAAAUCCCAGAGUUCCCAUCAUAGUAACUGGUAACGACUUCUCAACGUUAUAUGCACCUCUCAUUCGUGAUGGUCGCAUGGAUAAAUUCUACUGGGCUCCAACUCGUGAAGAUCGUAUUGGUAUUUGCUCUGGAAUAUUUAGGACUGAUGGCGUGCCUUUUGAGGAUAUUGUCAGACUUGUCGACACCUUCCCAGGACAGUCAAUAGACUUCUUUGGUGCUUUGAGAGCUCGAGUUUAUGAUGAUGAAGUGAGAAAGUGGGCUGUAGGCGUUGGCGUUGAGCACAUUGGAAGAAAUCUUGUUAACUCCAAGGAAAGUCCCCCAACUUUUGACCAACCAAAGAUGACAAUAGAAAAGCUUCUCGAAUAUGGCAACAUGCUCAUCAUGGAACAGGAGAAUGUGAAGAGAGUUAAAUUGGCUGACAAGUAUCUGAGCGAAGCUGCUCUUGGAGAUGCAAAUGAGGAUGAUGUUCAGUUUAAGACUUCUCAGGAAGCUGCCCUCGAAGUUGCAAAUGAAGAUGUUGUUCAGUCAGAAACUUCUAAUGAAGCUGCUCUUGAAGAUGCAAAUGAGGAUGUUGAGUCAGGAAGUUCGAACGAAACAGCUCUUGAAAAUGCCAACGAAGAAACAGUUGAGGCUCUUAUCGAUACAAAUGAGGAUGUCCUUUCUCAUGAAAUCCCACUUGGAAUUGCAAAUGAGGAUGCUGUUCAGUCAAAAACUUCUUACGAAGUUGCUGUCGAAGAUGCAACUGAGGAUGUUGUUCAGUCGGAAAUUUCCGAAGAACCGGCUCUUAUGGAUGCAAAUGAGGAUGUCGUUCAGUCAGGAACUUCUAUUGCUGCUGCUGUAGAUGCAAAUAAGGAUGUUGUUGUACAGUCAGGAACUUCUUAUGAAUCAAUGGGGGAAGAGGAACGCAACAAGUUAAUAUCAAUGUUCCUGAAGGCUGUGCAGAUUCAUCUUCUAAAAACUAUGUCCCAACAGCCAGAUUCGACGUCAAAAGCUUCCAGCAUUGACUCUUAGGAAUUUUCUACAUGUACUGGUAUAUAAACUAGGGCGUUUUGAUGGAGCAAUUACUGUUGAGUUGCUUUGGUUCCGGUAAUGUAAAUUGUCACUGUAAUAAAACUUCAUUAAAAGCUUAGUAUCAUUAAACGAUAAUACAAAAUUGCUAGUCAUUAACAAUA